AUGGCGUAUGACCAGCGGGACCUGAGCAGCGAGGAGGCGGCGGGGGCGGACGAACUCCGGCGCGGGCCGUGGACGGUGGACGAGGACGUGCUCCUCACCAACUACGUCGCCGCGAACGGCGAGGGCCGGUGGAACGCGCUGGCGCGGCGCGCGGGGCUGAAGCGGACGGGGAAGAGCUGCCGCCUGCGGUGGCUGAACUACCUGCGGCCGGACCUGCGGCGGGGCGGCAUGACGGUGGAGGAGCAGCUGCUGAUCUUGGAGUUGCACUCGAGAUGGGGCAACCGGUGGUCCAAGAUCGCGCAGCACCUCCCGGGUAGGACUGACAACGAGAUCAAGAACUACUGGCGGACUCGGGUGCAGCGGCACGCCCGGCGGCUCGGGUGCGACGUCGGCGGCCAGCGGUUCAGGGACCUCGUGCGGUGCCUCUGGAUGCCGCGCCUCCUCGAGCGCGUCCACGCCACUUCCAACUCCUCCGACGGCGCAGUGGUCCCGCGCCCGUCGGCGGCGGCGCUGCCGGCCACGGAGGACGGGUACUGCUGGCCCGUCGACGACGUUUUCGACCUCGGCCUGGGCGCCGCGGCCGACAUGGAGCUAUCUUGCACCACGGCCGUGUCUUCGUCGCCGUCCAUGUCCAACGAUGGCGGCGUGCAGCUCGUGUCUCCGCCGGCGCCGAUGGUUUCCGUCGCGGAGAGCGCGCCGGGAUGCGACGACGGAUCAUCCAGCAACAGCAGCACGUGUGCUGCCAUGCUCGACACGGCGGUGUGGCAGCCGGCGCAAGCGCACGGCGGCGGCCUGAUGACCCAGCAACAACACCUACAGGCAGAGUCGCAGCUGUUUGGCGCCAGCACGUGCUGGUCCGAUCAGUCGUCGUUCCAUGCUGGGCUGUACGCCGACGUCGGCUUGCUCGACCUGGAGUUCGGCGGCGAGACCAUGUGGGGCGCCUGCGCCGACGACGACGCGUGGUACACGCAGAUGCUGGGACUGUGAAAGGACAAGUAAAUAGAGAAGGCUAUUAUCGGAGCGUUCAGUACUAAUCUUUCACUGACCGCCCCAAUAAUCUCUUCUUCUCUCAAACUACGGAGCAUAGUCUUACUAAUGUUCUUUCAGUACUUAAUUGUAGUGUUGGUGUCGUUCAUCUUCUUUCUACUUUUUUACUCCAUUCUUUCCUGGGUAAAUACGGAGUGAUUGGUUUGUAAUCAGCUGUGUACUUUUUGAGCAUCUCUGGCUGAGGCCGCAAUA